CACUGUGCAUUCUAUCUUCCUGCCACCGACUCCGGAAAUUUCAACUUCCCGCUGGCUGUACGUUUCCCCCAAAUCACCACCGAAAAAAAUUCUGCCAUUCAUUUUAGGCGUUCAUAAUAUGCAGUGUUGGACUUCCUCCUGCAAAAAAAUACAAUCACCUGCUAAAUUGUAAUAAAUCAUGCAAUGAUGUGACAUUUAGCGACAUUGACAGCGGCAUUCCGAUAUCGAAAUGCCGACGUGUGCCCAUCGUUUCCCGGCCCUUGUCUGCCUCCUGACUCUGCUGCUUCUUCCAGCAACGAGGGGACAGGGCAUGGAGCCGGUGCCGGGGGAGCGCCAGCCGCCGGCCCGGCCGGUCGCCCAGGCCCAGUCCAGCGGGGACUGUUUCACGUUCAACCUACGGGUGGAGUCCAACAACACGGACUACUUCUACACCUGCUGCGACAGGAUAGGCGGGGCCACCACGAAAACAGACCAGGACAUCAAGGUCCCAACUUUCAACUAUGACUGCAAUCCAUUCCGGCUGAACAGAACCGAGCUCACGCGAGAGGCAGGCUUCACAUGUAAUGAGAAAGAAAAGGCAGAAAAACUGUGUAAUCGUCGUUGGGGGUGGCUGAGUACCGACGACUGUUGGGUGUGGUCGGCCUGCUUUGUGGAGGCGUGUGGGCAAGAAUCAACAUUAACGGAGUUGUCUUGUGGAGACGGCCGGUGUGACGCCCACGAGAAUACCGCUAGCUGUCCGCUGGACUGUUGCCCCGGUGAAAACCCAGAUUGCAUCAUCAAGAAUAGUACCUGUUCCAAGUCCUGCUGUGGCCAAUCAUCUUGUUGCGCGUCUGCCAAUGAGCCAAUCACCGCCUCCUCCGAAACUUUCUGGCUGAUUUUGGGCUCCGUACUGGCUGCCGUCGUCUGCUUGCUGUACUGCUGCUGCUUCUGCUGCUGUUGCUGCUGCAGAAAAAUGUACAACAGCAUGUUCGGCUCGUCAAAGAAAAGGCGACAUUCGUUUAUUAUGGGACAUUGAAGGGGUAUAAUGGCUCAUAAUUUUAUUUAUCAAAAUUAAAAUUUAAUGUACAAGUUUGGGGGUUUACCCCAAAGUGACAAACCAAAUUCGAACUAGCUCAAUAUCAGUAAAGAUACAGGGUGGUUAAAAAAAGAAAGAAGGGAAAUCCACUUUCGACAGCAAUUUUCACCUAUAUUUAAACAUUAUUGUAAACUUUUGAUUAGUAGCUAUUAAAGUUCUGGCCUUUUAGCAUCAGUGACGAAAAAAAUCGUUGCAACUGCAUAUUUUGUCUCUGAGCUAUGGUAGUUUGAACAUUUCAUUGCGAAACCUGUUUGUCCACGGAGGUAUACAUUUCAUCCGCUUGACUGAGCUCCGCUAUCUGAGCCUGAUUUGAAGACAAAACAUUAUCACACUUCAAACAAGGAUUGUUAGUUCUACUUCUUUUUUGAAAGGGUAACAACCGUGGCAUUUGAUUGUUAUGUAAUGUUAUGCAAUAAUGAACUUAAGCAUAUACAGCUCCUUGGGUAGAUGAUCUUAACACUGACAUGAAUAAUCGCACAGCCUCAAUAAAAGUUACCAGGUCAAAACAUUUUGUUGGCAAGGCUUCUAAAUUUUGUGAACUACAAAAAACACGUCCACUUUACAUAGAAUAACACGUGAACAAGACUGAUUUGGGUGACGUGUAUUCAAAUUAGCAAAAUAUCACUAUUCUUGCGACUUUUA